AAAGUGCAUUUAAUCCUUAAAAUGAUUUCAGAUUAAUAUUUGCAUACCAGGAUAUAGUGAACGGUAUGUAAAUAAAAAAAAUUAAGCAGAAAAAUGCCUCAAAGUCAUCGGAAACUAAGAAGAACAACAAACCUCUAAAGUGAAUUGUUUAAAAAAGUGGAAUCAACCAAUUGUGUGAGAAAACUAUUAAAAAACUAGAAAAUCUGGUAAAAAAAUGGAGGAAAAUACUCAUCAUAAUCUACUUAAUCAGAAUGGUACUGCAUAUUCUACGAAGGACAUUAGUUCUUCUCCGUACAGUAAGAAAAAACAAACAAUCGCGACUGCUUGCGCGACUCUAGGCUGUUUGCUGAACGGCUGCGUGAUUGGUUUCACAAGCCCGGCCUUACCUUCACUUCUCACCGGAAGUCCGGAUAUUUACGGAAACCCGGUUCCGUUAGAGCUUCAACAAUCAUCAUGGAUUGCUAGCAUUCUUUCUAUCGGAUGCUUUAUAGGGUGUAUAAUGGCCGGACCUAUUAUGGAGAAAAUAGGACGGAAGCAAACAUUACUCUGGGUUUGUACAGUCAACUACGCUCUAGGUUUUAUCCUGAUCUUGGUAGCUAACAAUACCAUAUUCAUCUACAUAGGCAGGUUAGUAAUUCAUUUAUUCAUUCAUUAAUUAUUCAUCCUGAUC